AUGUUUACUCACGAGGAGAUGCAAGAACGCAUAGAGGCACACAAGAAGGAUGUUGCUCGAAUCUUGACAGAUAUCUAUGAAAAGGGCAAGAUCAAUCCUCUUUUACCGGAAAACCAGAACAAGAUUGCAAGACCCCCUUCGCCCCGCCACGCUGAACGACCCUUAACGAAACUCCUUGAUAAACUUGCGAAAGAACGGAAAAUCAAUCUAGAGUCCCCACCUGCAAAGCUGCCGGCAUGGAGUCCUCUGAGUCGGGAGACUUUCCUCCAUCGACUGGAAACAUACCAUGGCAAGAAUCAGUGGCCUUCAAAACCUACACCCAUCAACGAAGUCGCGUGGGCAAAACUUGGUUGGAUAUGCACCGGCGACCACCGAGUGACAUGUGUCUCUGAGUGCGGUGGCUCGGUGUUUGUGGACGUGCCGGAUGAUGGCGAAAUUCUAGGUGAUGACUUUGAUGCAGACCAAAUUGCAGUGCGCACGGAAGUCCGAGAUAAGCUUGUGGAGAUGUAUAAGGAGCAAAUGCUAGAAGCCCAUGGCAAAUGGUGUCAAUGGCGGAGGUUGAGCUCUGAUGAUGCCAUCCAACACAUACAGAUCUACAAUAAUGAAGCCGCCACUUGGGGAGUUCUUACUAGGUACCAAAAUAUCAUGAAGAUGGCUGAUCAACUACCAGCCAUAGAUGUUAUCCAGAUUCCCGAUGGGUUUGAUUUGGAGACAGUUAUGAAAACUUUACCUGAGAUGUGGACUGAAGAGUUGCAAAAGGCCUCUGAGGCAUCCGAUGCACAGGAAGAAUCCAGUGGUACUGGCCCAGAACCCAUGGAGGGUGUCGAGGAGUCAACCCCACAGCAACCAGCUGAAACUCCAAAUUCCAUUAACAAGGCUGCCCUUGUACUGGCUUUCUUAGGAUGGGAGCCUUCGGUCGAUGGACACGCAGGUAUUCUCAAUUGCAGAGCAUGUUUCCAACGUUUAGGUUUAUGGUUGUAUAAGCCCAAGCCAAAUGGAGACGAGCCAGUUUACAGUUCUCUCGAUGUGGCCGCAGAGCACAUGGAUUAUUGCCCGUGGAUCAACCGAGCGGCUCAAAGUGGGGGAACUUUACCAAGUGCUCCAAAGCUUCCGUCCAAGUGUGGUUGGGAGAUGGUGACUACAGCAUGUGAAGCGAGGCAUGGGAUGGAGCUCGCAUAUGCGAGAGUGAUGAGACCAGAAACACCCGAAUACGAAUUAGAUUAUGAUGAAGAGUUCGACUCAGAUGAUGAUGAAGAGCUGUUGAAUUAUCAAUAUCACGAUGAGGAAUGGUAUGCCAAGAUGGACCGGAUAAUCGCCAUGAAUGCGCCCGAGAAUUUCGCGGAUUAA